AUGCGGUAUUUUUCAGGAAUGGAGAUCUUAAGAUCAAAGAAACGACGAAAAUACACUCUUGAUAUCUUGACUGAAAUUGGUAUGCUAGGGUGCAAACCAAGCGAUAAACCUAUUGAGGCAGGAAAAAUAAAGAAUGCAAAAAACUUAGUGGACAUGGACAGAUAUCAAAGAUUAGUUGGUAAGCUAAUUUAUCUCUCACACACUAGACUUGACAUUGCCUUUGCAGUCAGCAUAGUAAGCCAAUUUAUGCAUUCUCUCAAUGAGGCUCACCUGGAGGCUAUAUACAAAAUCCUCAUAUAUCUAAAAGGUUCGACAGGGAAAGGCUUAUUCUUCGAAAAGAAUAAAAGGAAGAAAGUAAAAGUAUUCACUAAUGCAAAUUGGGUUGGAUCAAUUGAAGAUAGUAAAUCUACCAUUGGCUACUGUACCUUUGUAUGGAGAAACUUAGUAACUUGGAGAAGCAAAAAACCAAAUGUAGUGGCAAAGAGCAGUGUUGAGGUUGAAUUUAGAGCAGUUGCACAAGAGAUAUGCGAAUGA